AUGAAUGAGGACGGGCCUGGCUUAGAAAAUGCUAUGAUGAUGAACGAGGAAGAGCCUGCUGAGGUUAAGAGCAUGUCCCGAGCUACAAUCGCCUUUACAUGGACUAAUGGAUAUCAUAAUCAGAAGCUUUGGUCGGGCACCGGUGAUGCAAUGCAGCGAUGGCAAGACACUUAA